GGGAUAGGAUGUAAGUCGCUAGAGUGUGUAUGUUUGUCUUCUAAAGAUCAGCCAAUGCAGCAGCGCCAUUGUAGGCUACAGCAGGGCUUAAAAACAUGAUAGGAGCCUAUGGACAGACGCGCGCUGGGGCGGUGGACAGGCCAGAUGACCUGCUGAAUCGGUUGACGGCAUGGGUUUCUGCUACUCUGUUUUUAGUUCUACUUCAAACAAUUAAUUUAAUAACAUAUCUGCAUCUAUAUAUUUGUCAUCGUGGGUAUUCAAAAUAGUCAACAAUGGAUCGUGUGAAAAGCUCCAUGCAGCAAGUACCGAACGCAAUUCCUAAAGCUUUGAUCCGACGGACCACUGGUGCUGCCAACAGUUUGGAAGUUGAAAAGGAGAACUUUGAGCGCAGCCAGGCUGUGAGCAUCAACAAGGCAAUCAACAUACAGGAAGUGGCCGUCAAAGAGAAGCAUGCCAGGACCUGCAUCUUGGGGACCCACCAUGAAAAGGGGGCCCAUACGUUCUGGGCAGCAGUCAACCGUCUGCCCCUGUCCAGCAACGCUGUGUUAUGCUGGAAGUUCUGCCACGUCUUCCACAAGCUCCUGCGAGACGGACAUCCCAACGUGAUAAAGGACUCCAUGAGGAACAAAUCCGAUCUCAGCGACAUGAGCAGGAUGUGGGGUCACCUGAGUGAGGGAUAUGGAAAGCUGUGCAGUAUCUACCUUAAACUGCUCAUCACCAAGAUGGAGUUCCACAUCAAAAAUCCCCGUUUCCCGGGCAACCUUCAGAUGUCCAACCGGCAGCUCGACGAGGCAGGAGAGAGCGACGUCAACAACUUCUUCCAGUUGACGGUGGAGAUGUUUGAUUACCUGGAGUGUGAGCUGAACCUGUUCCUGAACGUGUUCAGCUCUCUGGACAUGUCUCGGUCAGUGUCCGUGACGGCGGCAGGGCAGUGUCGGCUUGCUCCUCUCAUCCAGGUGAUCCUGGACAGCAGCCACCUGUACGACUACACGGUCAAGCUUCUCUUCAAGCUGCACUCCUGUGAGUGGCUCCCUCUGCUGGUCACACAGCAUGCAGACACAAAAUGGCCCCAGGUCGCCGUGGAGACCCAGUUUGACGACCUGUUCGGCACCUCGGCCGCAACCGACCCCUUCAACUUCAACAGCCAGAACGGCCUGCGCAGGGACGACAAGGACCGUGUGAUCGAGCAGCUGACCAGAGAGAUCCAGGCUUUGAAGGAGGAGCUGGAGUCCUUCAAACUGGAGAGUGGCAGGCUGUGCCAGGCGCUGCGCGGGCGCGUCAGCGAGCUGGAGGCGGAGCUGGCGGAGCAGAGCCACCUGAGGAUGCAGGCCCUGGGGGAGAGCGAGUUCCUGCGGGCCGAGCUGGAGGACCUGCGUCGGGUCAGGGAGGACACGGAGAAGGAGCAGCGCAGCCUGACGGAGAUCGAGAGGAAGGCCCAAGCUAACGAGCAGCGCUACACCAAGCUGAAGGAGAAGUACACCGAGCUGGUGCAGAGUCACGCCGACCUGCUGAGGAAGAACGCCGAGGUGACCCGGCAGAUGACGGUGGUGCAGGCGGUGCAGGACGAGGUGGAGGCCGUGCGGAGGGAGAUGCAGGAGAAGGUGAAGGCCACUCGGGAGGCGGCCGACAAACAGGAGCUGGAUCAGGUGCAGCAGCUUCAGGAGUUGCAGAGAGAGCUGCUGUCCAGCAGAGCAGAGCUGGACGGCCUCAGGAACACCGUCACCUCCUCCCAACAGUCGAGCGAGGAGCUAGCCUCUCAGCUGUCCGGCCUGGAGGCCCAGAAGGCGGAGCUGGCGCAGACGCUGUCCGCCAAAGAGGAGGAGCUUAGCGGCCUGGGGGAACAGCUGGAGCACGUGCAGAGCGCGCUGACCAGCGAGAGGGAGAGCGGCGUGAAGGCGGCCGAGGCCCUGCAGAACCAGCUGAACGAGAAGGAGAGCAGGGAGCAGGUUCUGGAGAGCCAGCUGCUGGCCACGCGCUGGGCCGCCCUGCAGGGGGCCGUGGAGGAGGCCGAGAGGAUCGUCCAGGACUCCCUGACCCAGAUAGACGACCCGGCGCACAUCAGCUGCACCAGCUCUGCAGACUACCUGGCGUCCAGGUGUCAGGCCUCUAUGGUCUGUGUGGAGAGACUUCACUCUGCCAGAGACGGGUACCUAGCGGACCACACUGGGGCGUCUGAGCUGGUGCGCGCCCUCACCCAGCUGGCCCACCUGGUGGGGGACACCAUCGUCCAGGGCAGCGCCACCUCCCACAUGGUGCCGGUGGAGCAGGCGGACGCCCUGUCGGACAGUGUGAAGGCGUGCGGGGCGGAGACUCUGGCCCUGCUGGGUCAGAUGAAACAGGAGGACAGCCUGGCCGCCGCAGACUGCACCACCCUGAGGGGAGCGCUGGGCACCAUCCUAGCCACCGCUGAAACGCUGCGCCCUAAGGGUCUGGAGCUGCAGCAGGGGGAGCUGGGAGACCUGGUGGAGCAGGAGAUGGCCGCCACCUCGGCCGCUGUGGAGUCGGCCGCCGCCAGGAUUGAGAAAAUGCUCAACAAGUCUCGUGCGGUGGACAGCGGGAUUAAGAUGGAGGUUAAUGAGAAGAUCCUGGCGUCCUGUACAGAGCUGAUGCAGGCCAUCAAGGUGCUGGUGCUGUCUUCCAAAGAUCUGCAGAGGGACAUUGUGGAGAGCGGCAGGGGGGCAGCCUCCAUGAAGGAGUUCUACGUCAAGAACUCUCGCUGGACGGAAGGCCUCAUCUCGGCUUCUAAAGCGGUGGGCUGGGGAGCCACAGUGAUGGUGGACGCCGCGGAUCUGGUGGUGCAGGGGAAGGGCAAGUUCGAGGAGCUGAUGGUGUGUUCCCACGAGAUAGCAGCCAGCACCGCUCAGCUGGUGGCCGCAUCCAAAGUGAAGGCAGACAAGGACAGCACCAACCUGGUGCGCCUGCAGCGGGCGUCCCGGGGGGUGACCCAGGCCACCGCGGGGGUGGUCGCCUCCACCAAGUCUGGGAAGUCCCAGAUCGAGGAGAAGGACACCAUGGACUUCUCCAGCAUGACCCUCACCCAGAUCAAACGCCAGGAGAUGGACUCCCAGGUCCAGGUUCUGGAGCUGGAGACUCGACUGCAGAGGGAGAGAGAGCGUCUGGGAGAGCUGAGGAAGAAACACUACGAGCUGGCGGGCGUAGCUGAGGGCUGGGGCGAGGAGGAGGAGGGUACAGGUUAAGACCCGCAGCCGUUGGUCACCUGACCUGAAUGCCGCCUCUUCUGCCUCUCCACGUUUAAACACACUUCAGUUUUUCUCUUCAUCGUAAAAAAUCCAAGCCAAAUAAAAAGGUGCUUUUCUAAAUGCUCCGGCUCCAGUUUCCGGACGCUUCCACGAGGACAGUGUUGAUAAGGGCCAGAGAAGGGGCACGGUGAUUGACAGCUCCAGACCUGUCUGUGUAGCAGGGCCGAUGGCCUGACGAUCCAUUCUGAUUUAUUUAUAGAAUUUUCCCCACGAUUCAACAAGGGAGCACCCCGUGUCCCCAAGCAGGACCCGGGAGCUCUUCUUCACAAGACGUCCCAGGAUGCACUGCACAAGGGCCCGUCCCUUCGCCAGAGGGAGACAUGUUUUUAACCGUGACGGCGGCCCUUCAAGAAGCCUCCCCCAAACGGUGUCUUCUGUGCAUCAUAGAUGGCAUUCAUGUCCUCUCCUAACGUUAGCGCUACGUUCUUUGUCGCAGCACCCACUUGUUGUGCUCUGGGCUUCAGUGAGAGUUCCAGUCUACUUUCACCCCUGCCCCCCCCCCCCCCCGCCACUCACCCCCCCGCCACUCACCCCCCCUUCCCCCAGCUGAAAUGUCUUGGUUACUCUCUCACUGUGAGUUCCGAAACCCCUUUAACACAACAUAAAUACCUAUGCCUAUAUUAUUGCCUUCCCCUCUUGUGUUAAUGACCAUGACUGUUAGGUGAGGUGGCUGUUGACUGUUUGCAAUCCCUCCUCGCUCACUAGCAUUCAGCCAUGGGCUCUCCAACGAGCUCCCGUUUGUCCAGCUGCGUCGGCGUCCUUUCAGAAUAAGAGUAGAGUGGAAUUGCCUAACGCUAGUGUAGUGAGUCCAGAACUGGAGGAGUCUCCCUCUCCCGGACGGCUGUAUAUCACCGCCCCCUGUCCCCCACGUCACACCAGCUGUAGAUCACUGUAGAGCUUCCAUGGACUCACCGGAUGGACCUCCCCCUGAGCCCCCUCCGCAGGGUUUGGAACGGUCGGCCAGGGCGGCAGUAGAGGGGCGGGAGGCGUCCCAGGGGCCGAGGGGGUGGGCUUCUGGAGGUCUGCUGUUUUUUAUCCUCCGGUUUCAGCUGCCUGGUCAGUAGACCCGUGGGCUGCCUGCCUGGCCCGUCACCGGGGCUCUGGCUUCGGGAAAAGCAAGACGUACACACGUACACACAUACAAGCUCCCAGACCGUGACACUAUGUAGCUGAACGCCUUUCAUAAUCAAACCCUGUCAACACUACCCAUGCCUGGGGGGAACGAUGACUGGUGCAUUACAGCCACCGGGCGGAACGCGGCGCUCCUUGGAGACCUGUUCAUCCCUCUUUUGUCUGUAGUUACAAAUACCAUACGACUCAAUUAAAGUUUCUGAAAAGAGUGAAAUGCCUGUAUAUGAGUUGUACAAUGAACCAGGAGUUAGACUGGUAAUAUUUUUGGUACCCACCACAGAAACCUUGUUUGUGGGCCCUAUUUUGCUAUCGCAGAGCCAAACGACAUGAUUAGAAUGAAGGGCCGAGCGCCUAAACGAUACAUUUGUCAAAUUGACCUCGAAUGGAGAUUUACGGUUCACAGAGAAAAGAUGCGAUGCAAGAAAUGCUUCAAAAUGUUUGGUUGCACCUCCUCCUCGUGUAGGCGCUGCAUAUUUGAAGGCUUCAAUCUUCUGCCCUGAUGAGGUGGCCCGUGUGUUUGUGCGUGUGAGGUUGUAUUCCUCAUGUGUCUUCAUGACCAUUUUAGUUUGGAUGCUUUGGCUGCGUUUUCUAAAGUUGUGACACUGGGUAUUUAAUGGUUUAGCAGUGUUCAUCAGUGACUUCCUGAGUAUUAACCUCUCACCUUGGGUUUGUGUCUGUAGUCCUACCAGCUCAGCCAGCCUUUCAACUGCCUCGCACUGUAGUCAAGGAAACAAGAAAAUACUCAAAUAACAUUGAAAUAUGUCUUUGUACGAUGAUAUACUAAAACUGUGUAUGUGGUGUUGUUUUAUUUUUUCAGUUUUUAAAUAAAUAUUCGACUCAUUCAA